AUGGUUUCAGCGGAUCCCUUCCCCGCCGGGCAGACGGGGCUCUACUGCAUCGGGGUCCCCUUCCGGGGCGAGUGCUCCGAGCUCGGCCAUCCGGACGCCCUCGGCGCGCUGGGCCCGACUGCCGACGGGGCCUCCGCAGGCCCGGGCACCAGCCCCCCGCCCUCCCGGCCGCCGGCAGGGCCCCUCUCCCAGCCGCUGGACGGGCCGAAUGAGGACUCGGUCACCAGCCUCGGCUGGCAGCUGCCGGCCACCGGCGGCGCGGCCCCAGGCAUGUGGUCGCCGCCUCGCGUGGCGCCCCUCCCCGCCCGCCUCCCAUGCCGGUCGCCACGCGCAUGUGCCUUCGGCUCGGUGCACGGCGUGGUGGCCUAUGGUGCCGGGCCGGAUGUCAUCCUGCACCCGCUGCUGGGCUCGGUGUGUGCCCUGCACCAGGGGUACUACACGCGAGCGGUGUGCCGCCACGCCGGGGACGUCCGCCGGCUGGAUGUCCUGGAGGUCGGCCCGCAUGACGCCCUCCUGGGGGGCUCGCUCAUUGCCGUGGCCUCGGUCGACAGCCUGGGCCAGGCCGCGGUGACCCUGUGCCGGCGCCGGCGCUUCGACCCGGUCGACUCGGCCUGCCUGAUGUUCACCACCCGGCCGGAGGAGGACCCCGGGCCCGGGGCCGGGCCCGACCCGGCCGGCCUGCGCGUCGAGCCCCACAGCAGCCGGCUGCUGAAGGUGGGGUCGCGCCGCCGGGGGGCCUCCUCGGCCGGGUCCUCGGCCGAGGCCCUGAGCCGGGCCCCCUCGGGCGACGUGCUGGCCCCUGUGGCCGGCUCCGCCCUCGACGAGACGCCCUUCUUCUCGCCGCUCAAUCAGCCCGCGCCUGGGGCCAGUGUGGCCGACUUCGGCACCGGACCCCCGUCGACCUCCGCGUCCUCGGCGCUGGUGACUGCCGUGCCCCAUGGCGGCCUGGCUCCCGAAGCGAGUCCGCCCGCCGGCGGGCCUGCCACCAGCAGGGCCGACAGCCCCGGCGCCAGUGGCGGCAGCCCUGUCCCUCCGGCCGCCGCCGCCGCCGCCGCCACCGUCCCAUCCACCACGGCGCCCACGGCCGCCUCCGCCGCCAGCCCCAGCGCCCUGCCCGGGGCCGCGGCCGGACGCAAGCCCGACGCCCCGGGGCCGGCGGCCAGCCCCAGCCCCGACGCCCCGGCCUCGCCCUCGGUCCUGCGAAGCCCGGCCACCCCCCCGCCGGGCGAGCAGCCGGCCCCGGCCCCGGCCCCCGACGACACGGACCCCGUGGUGGAUGUCCGCUGGUUCCAGGGCGGCUGGUUCUUCCGGCCGCAGCGCGACCCGGCCAUGCCCCUGCCCCAGGCCGGGCUCCUGUGCGAGGUGCUGGCCGACCGGCUCGACGGCUCGGCCGGCUGCCCGCCGCCGGGGCUGCGCGAUCGCGUGCUGGCCGGCAUGCUCCCGCCGGAGGGGACCGUGAUGCUGGUGCUGGUGCUGCUCUUCCGAAGCGGGCGCCUGCGCAAGCUCCUGGUCCCGGUGCUGCCGGCGGUGUGGGCCCCGGGGGGGCCCGGCAGCCAGGCGAAGGCCCCGGGCCUGGUGGCCGGGCCCGGACUGCCGGCCCCAUCGGGUCCGGUCCCGCCCGGCGGCCCGGCCCUGUCGCUGGACAACGCCGGCCCCGGCAAGGCGCGCACCCUCUGGCCCGAGGGGACGCUCCUGGUGGUGGAGAUGUCCAGCAUCAAGUGGCUGGACGAGGCCCCCGAAGAUUGGGCCCCCUACCAGCAGCGCAUCGAGAGUCUCCUGCGCGAGGGCCCCCCCGGGCCGGGGCCGGGGCCGGGGCCGGGGUUGCCGGCGGCCGAUGCGCCGGGCCCGGGCCGGCCGCGCUUCGCCUCGGUCGACACGCUGGCCGCGGCCGGCAUGGGGGCCGGGCCGGACCCGGGGCCCGGCAUGGCCGGCGCCUCGCCGCCCUUCGCCGGGCGCGGGCUCCCGGCCCGGCCUGGCAGCGAGCCGGUGUCCGAGACCCCGUCGCCGGUUCUGGCCGCCGGGUCGGCGCCCGGGGCCCCGGCGGCCGGUCGCCCCGGCCCGGCCCCCGGCGGCAGCCCCACCCUCCUGCGGUCGCUCAGCGAGCUGACCGCCGGGCUCGGGGCCGGGCUCGGGCUCGGGUACGACAUGGCCGGGCUCGGGGCCUCCCUGGCCCAGGGGUUCCGCCCGGCCACGCCGCCCCCGGCCACGCCGGCCCCGGGCCCGGGCCGGCCCCCCGGCGACGGGCCCCCGCCGGCGGACGGCCUGCUGCCAUUGCGCGUCGAGCGCCAGCUCAAGCGCCGCCGCGUGCAGAUCGUCUGGAAGCACUCGGACACGUCGGCCGGGCGUCCGGCCGACCCGGCCGCCGGGGCCGCCCUCAGCGGGCUGAUGUUCCGGUCGUCCCCGCCGGCGGCUCCCCACGGCCCCGGGCCCCGGAGCCGAUCGGCCUCGGUGCUGCACUCGGCCGAGGAGCCCCCCCCGCGCGGCCUGCCGGCCCUCCACACCCCGCGUGCCCUCAUCGCCGCCGGGCUGGUCAGCACCGGCACCGGGCCCCGGCAGACCGGCGUCUCGGUGCCGGUGCUGUCCAACGGCCGGAGCAUCAGCCUUCUGUCCCCGAACGAGGGGAAGCUGCUCUUUUCCCAGGAGAUGCCCUGGAGCAUGGCCCUCGUGUGUGCCCUGCCGAACCUCGGCGAGUGGGUGCGUGCCACAUGCCCGGACGCCCUGGCACCUGGCCCCGAGCACGAACACCCCCCCGAAGCCGACCCGACUGGCGGCCGCUCGCGCUCCAGCAGUGCCUCCUCCCUGGGGCUGGCACGGGCCCCGGGCCCGCGCGAAGCCCCGCACGCCCUGCGCACCCGGUCUUCGACCCUGCCCUCGGAGGGCCCAUGGGCCCCGGGGGCCGCCACAGGCGAUCCCCCGGCCCCGAGCUCCUCUCCGCCCACCGCCGGCCCGCCCCAUGCCCCGGCCAUCCCCCUGCUGCUGGUGGUCAAUGAGAAUGCCGAGGUGUUUGUGCUCGGCGGCGCCACCGGCCCGGCGCCGGACACCGCGGACCCGGGCCCCAUGCCGGAGCCCGGCAGCGCGGCCUCGCCCCCGGGCCGCACCCGCCCGGGCCGCUCGCGCCCCCUCCUCCUCCGGACGCUGGCCUCCCUGCGCCUGGCCGACAAAAACGACCCCCUGGCCGUGGUCCACUCGGCCACCGCCAGCUGGAUUGCCUCGCCCAUCGACGACGCCACGCCCCGGCUGCUGGUCACCGUCAUCCUGUGCAAUGGGCUCUGCAAGGUCCUCGUCCUGGCCAGCGACAAGGACUACGCCCUGUACCGGUCGAUCUGGGUCCCCUCCACGCCGGAGGGCAGCCCCCCGACGGAGCCGCUGGCCGGGCCGCCGGCCGGGCGCCGCGUCCACCGGUCCUCCUCCGAGUCGUCGGCCCUGUCGCUGAUCCCGACCGCCGGGCCGGAAGGCCUCGCGGCCGGCAGCCCGCCGGCCGGGCCCCACCCGGCCACCCCCGGCAUGCGCCUCACCCAGACCGAGCCGCCGGAGGGCAGCCCGCUGGAGCUGAGCCUCGACUCGUGCGUCGGCCCGGCCGGCGAGGAGGCCCUCGGCACGGGGCCGGCCGCCCCGGGCCCCGGGCCGCCGGCCAUCCUGACCACCACCACCCCGCCCGGGCACCCGGCCCCCGGGCCCGGGCCCCGGCCCCUCCCGGCCACCACGCCCUUCACACAGACCCAGGCCCGGCCCGCCUCGCCGGCCCGGCAGCGGGCCAUCAGCUUCGCCCGGGCCAUCGGCCUGUCGGCCAUCAUGCCGCUGGAGCCGGCCGAGCCGCCGGCCCCCGGCCCGGGCCCCGGCCGCCCGCGCCCCGUCACGCGCAGUGCCACCUUCCCGGCCCCGGAAAUGGCCCCCGAGCAGCAGCCCCCCACGGCCGGGGCCACCUCGGCCGAGGGGUCCCCCACGGAGGCCGGCCCGGCUGGCACGGCCCCCGGGCCCGAGGACCCGGCCCCGGCGCCCGGCCCCGCCAAGAAGCCCUUCGCCGGGCUGGCCGUGUGGGCCGGCGGGGUGCUGGCCCGAGCCGGCAUGCCCGGCACCGCGGUGGCCAUGGUCGAAGCCGCCGGCGCCACCGCCCUGGAGCUCGACCAGCACCUCGGCCGGGACCCGGGCGCCACGGCCGGGCCCAAGCCCGACGGCCCGGGCCCCACCGGCCCCGGCAGCCCCCCCGCCGGGGCCCGGUCCCCCGGGCACCCGGCCACCGGGGCCCCCGCCGCCAGCCCGGCCCCCGACUCGCCCGGGCCCCCGGUGGCCGUGCACCAGCGCCUCCAUGACAUCGCCGCCUCGGUGGCCCGGGCCGCCGACAUGCUGGACGCCCUGCGCCGCGAGCAGCAGGCCCUCACCACGCACAUGGCGGCGGCCGCCCGCCGGGACACCGCCGCCACCCAGCUCACCGCCCUGCUGGACCGGGUCAUCUUCGGUCUGAUCCUGGCGCUGGCCGUCCUGUCGACCGUGCACUUCCGCCUCGCGGCCAGCCCGGGGGAAGUCAUCCCCCUGGUCGGCUGA